UUUUAUUCGCCGCGUACAAAUUAAUAAAUUUUGUCAAUAAUUGAAUUCUAAUCUUUUCUUAUUCACGUCAAAUCGAGAAUCAACAUUUAUUUUCUCCUUCCGAGAAUUAUUCUCUUAUUUAUCCACUUUCGCAAAAUGCAUAGUUUCAAACCUGUAAAAUAGCGAACCGUCAGAUCGCUGGUCAACACAAUUAUUGUAAACAUAAGAAAACUGAUACUUCGAUAUUCUUUCAUGUAAAACUUAACACCGCGAGUUCUUGACUUCUCAUCGCCCGGAUUACUGCCGAGAUAUUGCUCCGUAUUCGUCCAACAUGGGAAAUGUUUCCUUACUUAUUACUGGAAAUAAAUGCUGGUCAUAUUAAUUGGCAGUAAAACUAAUAUCCAUCGGCGAGGACAUCAGCUGUCAUAACACUGGCCGCAGCCAUCUUGCGAACCAGUCGUCGUCGUGCAGUGCCCCUCGCGGAGACUAAGCGAACUUUUAUGAACUCUUCUCGACAGUCGGUAAUUUACCUAAUUACUGACUGUUGCGCAUCGAUUACCAUCGGAAAAUCUAUGUAACAAGUGCGCGUGGGACUCACCACGAAGUGGAGAUGCGCGUCGACUUAGGCGUCCCCGUCGGCCAUUUAAUUGAUUCUCGUUUUUGUCGUUGUAUUGACAGGUCGCAGUAGACCACGUUCUUAUAAUAAUUAAAAUUUUAUCUAAUUGUGCACUCUUUCCUGGUGAUAAUGAGCCGUGGGACAAUGAGGGGACGUCGGCGUAUCUCCGAGGAGAUAUUGCUUGGUCCACGUCGACUGGACUAUGAGGAGGAGGUUGAUUGUUGGGUGACAGCUCGCCAUUUGCUCACACGAGGACGUUUCCCCUAUCAGGAUUCCUUGUUUUCCGAGAGCGAUUUGGAGGAAAUUCGCCGCUCCAUCGGCCAGGCUGUACCUAUCCGCCUGUCACCGGAGGAGGAAAUCUUCUUACCCAGGGUAGAGAGUCCAGAACCAGCCCCUCAUGAAGAUUGGGCCUUAAGGCCUCAAUCAACCCCAAAUAAUUUGCCAGAAGCUGGCCCUUCACUUCACGGGCCCCAGCCGGCGUUGAAGAAAUCCCUGGCCCAAAAUCCAACUUACCCCAGGAUUAAUAAACCCAAAUACUGGGGAGUGGAUAAGGCUCGUCGGGGCAUUUGUGGUAAAUGCCACCAGCCAGGUCAUGGUUACCUUUCAUGUCCACGUCUCUCUGAACAGAGACCAACGACAAAUUACCCGAACCAUUCGGCAAAUUAA